AAGGAGAGGCGUGAAGCCGGGGAUGGUGAUGAGAGCCGGGGCAAAGUGGAGGCGAGUUUCGGGUCGAUAACUUUAUAACGCCUGGAUGUCAUCCUGGGACUUUCCUGCUGUGAAUGAACCGAAGAGAAGCUCACGAACGGCGGGUGGAGCGGAGCGGAGCUCCGUGGAACAAAAGGAGUAGCUAAGCUUGGUGUACAAGUAAUUAUGACCGGGGUGUGUGGUUGCUGCUGUGGGGCUUUCAGGCCCCGGUACAAAAGGCUUGUUGACAACAUAUUUCCUGAAGAUCCAGAGGACGGUUUGGUGAAGGCCAACAUGGAGAAGCUGACGUUCUACGCGCUGUCUGCUCCAGAGAAGCUCGACCGAAUAGGAGCCUAUCUGUCUGAGAGACUGUGCCGCGAUGUAGCCAGACACAGAUACGGUUAUGUGUGUAUUGCGAUGGAGGCUCUGGAUCAGCUGCUGAUGGCCUGCCACUGUCAGAGCAUUAACCUGUUCGUGGAGAGUUUCUUAAAGAUGGUGCGCAAACUCCUGGAGGCUGACAAGCCCAACCUGCAGAUACUAGGAACCAACUCGUUUGUCAAGUUUGCCAACAUUGAAGAGGACACGCCCUCGUACCAUCGCAGUUAUGAUUUCUUCGUGUCACGCUUUAGUGAGAUGUGCCACUCCAACUUUGAAGACCCGGAUAUCCGCACCAGAAUCCGCAUGGCUGGUAUAAAAGGACUGCAGGGAGUGGUGAGGAAGACGGUCAAUGACGAACUGCAGGCGAACAUCUGGGAUCCGCAGCACAUGGACAAGAUCGUACCGUCUCUGCUGUUUAAUCUACAGUCUGGAGAAGGAACCGAGAGUCGUUCUCCCUCUCCGCUGCAGUCCACUGAGAAGGAGAAGGAAAGCCCAGCUGAGCUGACUGAGCGCUGUUUUCGUGAGCUGCUGGGCCGCGCCGCCUACGGCAACAUCAAGAACGCGGUCACUCCCGUCCUAAUGCAUCUUGAUAAUCACUCUCUGUGGGAAGGAAAAACAUUUGCUGUGCGCUGCUUUAAGAUCAUCAUGUACUCUAUUCAGUCUCAGCACUCUCACCUGGUUAUCCAGCAGCUCCUGGGUCACCUGGACGCUAACAGUAAGACCUCGGCUACAGUGCGCGCUGGGAUUGUGGAGGUUCUCCUCGAGGCAGCUGCUAUAGCAUCCAGCGGCUCCGUAGGCCCCACUGUUCUGGAGGUGUUUAACACUCUCCUCAGGCAUCUGAAGCUCAGCGUGGAUUACGAGCUCAGCGGAUUUUACGAUGCCACCAGCGCAGGCAACAAAACCAUCAACGAGCAUGAAGAGCGGCAGCUCCAAGAGGCGGUCAUAAAAACCAUAGGUUCCUUUGCCAGCACUCUGCCUACGUACCAACGUUCUGAGGUGAUGCUCUUCAUCAUGGGAAAGAUCCCAAUUCCUGGAAUGCACCUUACACUGCCACCCACAGGGUCUGGGUCUGAGGGUGACCGGAUGAUCCAGGUCAUGUUGCUGAAGUCUCUAAGACAGGUGACGUGCGGCUUCCAGAGCACGAACAUGCUGACAGCUCUGCCCAGCUCGUUCCUGGACCCGCUCCUCUCCUUCGCACUGCUGGAGGACGCACACAUCCGCCUGCUCGUCCUCGAAAUCCUCGUCAGCCUCAUCGAUCGCCACGACAACCUCCCGAAGUUCUCCACCGUCAGCAUCAUCUCGGACAUUUCUGUGCUUAAACUCAAGAUGGAGAAGUGUUCCCGUCAGGACAACCUCUUCAUGAAGAAGCAUGCCCAGCAGCUAUACAGACACAUCUACCUGUCGUGUAAGGAGCAGAGCAGCGCGCAGCCGCAUUUUGAGAUGCUCUACUCUCUCCUCGCUCUGAUUAGCAUGGAGCUUGCUAAUGAGGAGGUGGUGGUGGAUCUCAUUCGCCUUGCCCUGGCCCUUCAGGACUUGGCUUUAGUCAGCGAGGAGACGUUGCCGGCGUUUAACCGCUGUGCUGUUCACGCUCUCUCUGCUGCCUACCUCAACCUCAUCUGCCAGCUCACCACCCUGCCCGCCUUCUGCCAGCACGUCCACGAGGUGAUUGAGAUGAGACAGAAGGAAUCCCCGUUUCUUUUGCCAGAAGAUGUCUUCAUUGAAAGUCCAAAGGUCCCUGAGACGCUGGAGAAGCCAGCAGGAGAAGUUCUGUUCCAGCAGGCUAAGAUCGCCGAGGUGCUAGGAGGAAGUGGCUAUAGCACCGAGAGACUCGCCACACCGUACAUCCCUCAGUUCACAGAUGAAGACCGGCUGUCGAAGAGAAAAAGUAUUGGAGAAACGAUCUCUCUCCAGGUGGAGGUUGAGUCCAGAAACAGUCCAGAGAAAGAGGAGAGAACACCAGCUGAAGAAAUCACAUUCGAAGCACUUAAGAACGCCAUCGUGGACAGUGUAGGGAUGGAGGAGCAGGAGCGAGAGCGCAGGAGGCAGGUGGUGGAGAAGUUUCAGAAGGCCCCGUUCGAGGAGAUCGCUGCACACUGUGGAGCCAGAGCCACGAUGUUACAGAGCAAACUCAGCCAGAUCUUCGAAAUCACAAUCAGGCCUCCUCCCAGUCCAUCAGGCACCAUCACAGCGAGCUACGGCCAAACCCAGACCCGCUCCGUCCCCAUCUACGAGAUGAAGUUCCCUGACCUGUGUGUGUAUUAACGCAGCGGGAAGGAGAAGCUCAGACAAUGGAGCAGCCGUGUGUGUGUGUGUGUGUGUGUGUUUGAUCAUCGCAGGCAACCCUCCAGCAUGCGUCUUUGCACUCUGACUGACACGGACAUGACCACGCAGCGAAUACGAACUCUUUCUAAAUGCAUCGCGAAGAUAAAAGCCGUUACUCGGAUCCGGUUGGGUCAUCUGCCAUGUUUAACGUUUAUCUCGUGUCUUCAAUUCAGCUUGGAUUGUUUUUUUUUUUGUUUUUUUUAAAGCAGAAAUGCAUGUCCUCUAAUGCCAGCUAGUUUUAUUUUCAUGUUUGUUUGUUUUUUAAAGUAGCUGUUUUAUGCUAUUAGUGCGUUAAGUAAUGUAUUUUUCGAAAAUGGAUUUGUUUCAGGUGAACCGUUUUUAACACAUCCCUAUUGGUGCUACUUUCGUUCCUUUUCAUUUUGUUAUUCAACAGUUUGCUGACAUUUUUGUGUGAUUUGUUGUUGUUGUAAAUCUUAGCUACUUACAGCUACUGUACACCGAACUUGCAUACAUUCGGAGAACGUUCACACAGCUUGCGUGAGGUUUUCAAAAUCAGGACCGCAUCCUUUUUAGGCACAGAAAUGAUCUAAACCCUAAAAAAUUAUUUCUUUCGUUUCUGCGUUCUCAGAUUAGCACUUUGUAUUAUUUAGACUAGAGAUAGCUACAGCUAGGUUCAAGCAUAUCUCUUUUUGCGUAUGCAGGGCUUAAAAAUGGAAUUGCACUGGGAAAAAAUUCCCAUCAUCUUUGUCAGACGCUCUGUGAACGUGGUGUUUUUUGUUUUUGUUUUUUUUAAAUAUGCAUUUAAUUUUUAAAGCGUCCAUAAGCAACUUUUUAUGUUUUAGUAUAGCGUGGGGCAAAAGUUAUACCUAACAUCUCGAACACAGUGUCCUGUAAAUACGUGUGUGGUUAUGAAGAAAAAUUUUAGUUUUAGGCUGCGGCAACUUUUCUAACAUCAAGCUAGAGUGAGUGUAGGUUCACGCCCGCCCGUGGAGAUCUAACCAGCAUGAGAUUAUCACCAACACGGGAAUUUCUAACAAGAACGACAAGGUUGGUGAACCGCUGCAAGCUCCAGGGGACAUGAUUAAGCGAGAACACGGUGAUCUAGAGAACGUGGUUGAUUUUUCGGACGACGUCUGUACACGGAUUGCGUGUUAUAUUAUAUAUAUUUUUUAAUAUGGUUGUCUUUAAAAAGCUGAAGGGAUUCUGUCCUGCGUGGUGGUGACUCGUAUGUAAUGUCCAGCGCUCCUCAUUGGUGGUGUUUUAUUUUUGUGAUUGUGCGAGUAUUUUGACGGCGUGACUUCUUCACAUGGUCGUCAAGUGAACACGUUCUUGUUACCGACGUCUUUCCUGUUCCUGUGCAUCAUGGUUUUUUUUUUCCACGUCUUUUUUUUGAGAACGUUACAAAUGAAGCCAUGAUUGCAAAUUUAAAAAGACGACAGUGAAAGUUGUUGUUCUGUGUUCUUGUCGGGGUGCCCCCCCCCCGUUGUUUGUUUUUAGGUGUGGGCCAAAAUUAAAAAUAUAAACGUACAAUGGAGCUGCUUUGACUUAAAUGUAAAUGUUUGAUCACUUUUACAGCACAGUUAUAGAAUAGUAAAUAAACUUGGCAUGCUUGUUUAUUAUUCUAUACUUCUAUGAUAUUGUAUGUUUUGCAGUGAUAGAAUUUGGAUUUGAAAGGUUUUGUGAUAAACGAAAUGCACACGUGCUUCAAUUCUAUUUCAAUAUGAAAUGUACGUUAACAUUCAGCUUCAGUCCGUCGCAUUCAGAUUGGUGUUUAUUCAACACUCCAUUCGUGUGUUGCAAUGAAUGAGAAAUGUGGCACGACACUCUCAUUCGCUGGCCACUUUAUUAGGAACACCCAUCCGAUCCAGAUCCAAAUCAAGAGCUUCAGCUAAUUAACGUUCAAACAUCAGAACGGGAAAAAUUGUGAUCUCACAGUGAAGUGUGACCUUUCUUUCUUUCUUUCUUUCACUGUGGCAUGGGUGUUGGUUUGAGUAUUUCAGAAGCUGCUGAUCUCCUGGGGUUUUCACGCACAACAGUCUCUAGAGUUUACACAGACAGGAUGGUGUGAAAAACCAUCGAGUUGACUGAGCGACAGUUCUGUGGGUGGAAACAGACGCCUUGCUGAUAACAGAGGAAAAUGGCCAGGAAGGAUAUAGCAACUCCUCAUAUAAUCACUCUUUACAACCGCGGUGAGCAGAAAAGCAUCUCAGCAGAACAGACCACCACACUGGGUUCCACUCCUGCAGCCAAGAACCGGAAUCUUAGACUCAAGAACGCGUUCCUAUUCAAGUGGCCGGUGAAUGUAUAAUCUGACUUUAAAUGUACCAUUCUGAUGUUUUUAUAUCUUUUAUUAAGGUUUGUAGUUGAAUUGGAUCGCGCUGAAAUUGUAUUCAGUAGGUUUCGAGUUCAGUGCUAAUGUUUUUUUUUAAUCAGGUGUCGAAAUUUUUAUUUCGAUUCCGUUUUUUCAGAAAUUCACUUCUUAAUCAGAUUUAAAGUUUUGAUGACAUUUAUUGAUUCGUUGUGGCUGAAAUCCAAUCCGGACUGUUUUAUUCUUGUGAAAUGGAUUGUGCCACCCACCAAAAACUGAAUCUGAAUUUUCUGGACCCGUUUAGUAUAAAAUUGAGUUUGAAACCUUGCAGAAGAAAUUCAGGCCUUUUAUUCAACUACAGAACUUCACUUACAAAUCAAAAUACAUCAAGUUUUUACAUUAUUCUCUCUCUCUCUCUCUCUCUCUCUCUCUCUCUCUCUCUCUCUCUCACACAUUCUCUCUCUUACACAUUCUCUCUCUCUAACACAUUCUCUAACAUUCUCUCUCUCUCUAACAUUUUCUCUCUCUAACACAUUCUCUCUAACACAUUCUCUCUCUCUCUCUCUAACACAUAUUCUCUCUAACACAUUCUCUCUCUCUAACACAUUCUCUAACAUUCUCUCUCUCUCUCUAACAUUUUCUCUCUCUCUAACACAUUCUCUCUAACACAUUCUCUCUAACACAUUCUCUCUCUCUAACACAUUCUCUCUCUCUCUAACACAUUCUCUCUCUAACACAUUCUCUAACAUUCUCUCUCUCUCUAACACAUUCUCUCUAACACAUUCUCUCUAACACAUUCUCUCUAACACAUUCUCUCUCUCUAACACAUUCUCUCUCUCUCUAACACAUUCUUUCUCUAACAUUCUCUCUCUCUAACAUUUUCUCUCUCUCUAACACAUUCUCUCUAACACAUUCAUUCUCUCUAACACAUUCUCUCUCUCUAACACAUUCUCUCUCUCUCUAACACAUUCUCUCUCUCUCUAACACAUUCUCUAACAUUCUCUCUCUAACACAUUCUCUAACACAUUCUCUCUCUCUCUAACACACAUUCUCUCUCUCUCUCUCUAACACAUUCUCUCUCUCUCUAACACAUUCUCUCUCUAACACAUUCUCUAACAUUCUCUCUCUAACACAUUCUCUAACACAUUCUCUCUCUCUCUAACACACAUUCUCUCUCUCUCUCUCUAACACAUUCUGUCUAGCACACAUUCUCUCUCUCUCUAACACAUUCUCUAACACACACACUAACACAUUCUAACACACAUUUUCUCUCUCUCUCUAACACACAUUCUCUCUCUCUCUCUAACACACCAUUCUCUGUCUAACACACAUUCUCUCUCUCUCUCUCUCUAACACACCAUUCUCUCUCUCUAACACACCAUUUUCAUUCUCUCUCUCUAACACACCAUUCUCUGUCUAACACACAUUCUCUCUCUCUCUCUCUCUCUCUCUAACACCAUUCUCUCUCUCUAACACACCAUUCUCUCUCUCUAACACACCAUUUUCAUUCUCUCUCUCUAACACACCAUUCUCUGUCUAACACACAUUCUCUCUCUCUCUCUCUCUCUCUCUCUCUCUCUCUCACACACCAUUCUCUCUCUCUAACACACCAUUCUCUCUCUCUAACACACCAUUCUCUCUCUCUAACACACCAUUCUCUCUCUCUAACACACCAUUCUCUCUCUCUAACACACCAUUUUCAUUCUCUCUCUCUAACACACCAUUCUCUGUCUAACACACAUUCUCUCUCUCUCUCUCUCUCUCUCUCUCUCUCUCUCUCUCUCUCUCUCUCUAACACACCAUUCUCUCUCUCUAACACACCAUUUUCAUUCUCUCUCUCUAACACACCUCUCUCUCUAACACAUUCUCUAACACACACACUAACAUAUUCUAACACACCAUUCUCUCUCUCUAACACACCAUUCUCUCUCUCUCUAACACACCAUUUUCUCUCUCUCUCUCUCUCUCUAACACACCUCUCUCUCUCUAACACAUUCUCUAACACACACACUAACAUAUUCUAACACACCAUUCUCUCUCUCUAACACACCAUUCUCUCUCUCUCUAACACACCAUUUUCUCUCUCUCUCUCUCUCUAACACACCUCUCUCUCUCUAACACAUUCUCUAACACACACACUAACAUAUUCUAACACACCAUUCUCUCUCUCUCUAACACACCAUUUUCUCUCUCUCUCUCUCUCUCUCUAACACACCUCUCUCUCUCUAACACAUUCUCUAACACACACACUAACAUAUUCUAACACACCAUUCUCUCUUUCUCUCUAACACAUUCUCUCUCUCUCUAACACAUUCUCUCUCUUUAACACACACACACUCUAACACUCUCUAACACACACUCUCUCUCCCACAAAAUUCUUAUUCUCUCUCUCCCCCACAAAAACACAUUCUCUCUCCCACAAAAACACAUUCUCUCUCUCCCUCUCCCCACACACAAAAACAUUCUCCCUCUCCCCACACACAAAAACAUUCUCUCUCUCCUUUUCUUGCCACUCAGUCACUCUCGUGCCACAUUUCUCACUCCGUAUUAUUCCAGCUAGGAAAGCACUGGGUGGGUUUCUGAAAGAUGGAUCUGAACAGUAUUUAUGUAAUUGUCUGAAUUUGUGUAACAGUGCCAUCAUUGAAAUUGAGAUCUGAUUAUUUUUUAUUUUAACUGUAAUAAACGAGCUGUACAUCUUCAAUUUUUAUAACAGUUCAUAUUUACAAAACUUCAAAUCCAAAUUCUAGUAGUGUAAAUCCUCUGUAGCAGUCACAGUAAUAAAACAGAUUAUGGAGUUUGAAUUCUGAAAUUAGAAAAUUUAUAACUGAACACAAAAUCUGAAUUUAAGGGUUUUAUGUAAAACUGAAAUGCGCUUAAUGUGUAACGGCGUGCUCGAGUGUACGGUUGAGCAUUUGAAAUCUAAAAUGGUCAUGCAUGUGAGUGAUUUCUAAAACAAAACGUUUAAUUUGAUUGCUAUAAAUUAACAUUUUUAGAUUCAUUAACUUCCAGUAAAGAUUAAAAAAGAAAAUUCUAAAAAUGAACAUUUUUAAAAUGAGUUCUGUGUGUGGGGUUGGUUUGUUUGUUUGUUUUUUGCCUGUACGUUACCUCAGUGUUAGUUUGAAAGCAAAAGGAAACGUGAAUUAACAUCAGGACUGAAUACUUUUUAUAUAAAUUGAUUUAUAUUUCUGCUUCAUUUUCAAUUUGGAAUGUUCAGUCGCACACUCGAGCGUGAAAUCCAGUUUUUAAAUUUUCACUUUUGUAAAUCACCAAAUUCAGUUUCAGUUCAGUUUCAGAUGAUGCGAAACAAAAUGCAAAAUAAAUUCUGACUUUUUGCACCGAAAUAAAAUUUUCAUGGCAUGAGACAAACUCCAUAAGUUUAAAUCGACUUAAACUGCAUUCUGUGGACUUUUUAAUCAGUUACAUUAUUAUUAUUAUUAUUAUUAUUAUUAUUAUUGCUUUGCUCUUAACAGUGAGGUGUGUUCUUUUAUCUUUAUUUUUUGUUUAAUAAAAUCGGGACUGUUUUCCUGACCGCGUUAAAUCUUCACCAGAUGUUUCCUCACUUCAUGAUGUUUCUGUAAAACUGGGAAGUUCAGUAAUGAAUCUGGGAAACGUACAAAAACCUUCAUCACCCCGAGACAAAGCAACACAGGAAAGAUGUCUUGUGUGUUUUUCUGUGUAAAUGUUACAGAUGGAAAAUGAAGCGUGUGUGUGUGUGAGAUGUUGCUGGGCUUGUACACGUCUCAACUUUGUUCCUACAUGUCAGUCCUACAGCUGGUCAAUAAAACGUGUUCAGUGAUGA